AUGGGCUGCUGCACGGGGCGCUGCACGCUGAUCUUCCUCUGCUCGCUGCAGCUGCUGGCAGCAUUAGAGAGACAGAUCUUUGACUUCCUUGGUUUCCAAUGGGCUCCUAUCCUUGGCAAUUUCCUACAAAUAAUAGUUGUCAUUUUGGGUUUGUUUGGAACCAUCCAAUUUAGGCCUCGAUACAUAGUCGUGUACACGGUGUGGACUGCCCUGUGGGUCACCUGGAAUGUUUUCAUUAUCUGCUUCUAUUUGGAAGUAGGCGGACUUUCUAAGGAAACUGAUCUCAUGACCUUUAACAUCUCAAUGCACCGCUCUUGGUGGCGGGAACAUGGGCCUGGCUGCAUACGAAGGGUGGUCCGUCCAUCUACCCCUGGCAUCCUAGAGGAUUACUCCUACGUCUCGGUGACAGGCUGCAUAAUUGAUUUCCAGUACCUAGAGGUCAUUCACAGCGCUAUCCAAAUACUACUCUCCCUGAUUGGAUUUGUGUAUGCCUGUUACGUGAUCAGUAUUUUCAUGGAAGAGGAGGACAGCUGUAAGUACUGA